AUGGGUAGCCCUUCCCAACCCCUCAAACCCUCAAACUCGAUCAAACGCUCGCCGCCCAACAUGUCGGGCCUCGAGGUCAUUGGCGUCAUCUCCGGCAUAGUCUCGAUCCUAGACGCCAUCGUGCGAAUCCACGGAGUGGCCCGAGAGAACCAUCGGCUUCCGCCAGCCUACGAUGACAUUACCCACAGGGUCGCUCUGGUUCGCGAAACUCUGUCGGCGGUGGAAAGCCGUCUGGAAAAGGAUACCGAAGAUUCCGAGACUUACAAAUCCAUAGAAUUGACGCUGAAGGCGUCCGAGAAGAAAGCCAACCGACUCCUAGGCCUCUACGACGAGGUGUCUGCGCCAUAUGGGACAGGAGUAGCCAAGAGGUACAUGUUGGCAGCGCGCGCUGUGAGGAGGAGAAGCGAGGCGGACCAUCUGACCAAGGACCUCCUCUUAGACGUGCAGCUUCUCACAGGGCAUCACGUCGUCAAGUCGGCAACGGAGGCUCAAGUUGCCAGGCUCGCCGAGGCGAUAGAAGAGGCGUCGACCCCCACCCCCGUCGAAGAUAGGGUCGUGGCGGAGUUUAGGAAUUAUGGAAGCGGGUCGCAGAACAUUCAGACCGGAAACGGAUCCCAGUUCAAUAACACUGGGAGCGGAUGUCAAUUCAAUGGCACGUUUGAAGGGCCCUUUUACUUUGGCCCCAUGCAUGGGUUCGGACUCAACGUCGAUUCAUCGUCUUCGAUAUCCACCUUGUUGACCAUCUCUGAUUACGUUCCCCUCCACGCUAGCCAGCCUACGGUGGUCCGUGGCUCGCUUACGGUACUGGUAGAUGGCCAGGAUACCCAAUCGGCCACCGCGGAUGACCGUCCACCUUAUCGGGACCGCAGCUUUGUGCACCGCAAGAGGGGUGGGGGACCGAAGGCUCUUGCUCUCUCCGGGAAGAGGCCCUUGGCAUGGGCGUCCGCGUGGCAAGUUGACCUCAGACACCCGGUCCCGCAGGGGGCGCAUUCUAGCGAUCCCAAGCCAGAUUCAGUUGGGCAGGAGAUCAAGGGCCGGAACCGGGAUAACGGCCCCGGAGGAGAGUCCAAGCUGAAUGCCACAGGCUUUCGCUCUCAAGCUCAAAACCUAGACAUAGGGGUGCCGGCUUCAAACCCGGACGGUUGGGCUUCUCAGGUCCCUGCUUCAUCAACUUCUUCCGCAUUCUCCCGAGGCGCUGGGGAAAUCGUUGCCGAAUUCGAGGAGCGGUGCGUUAAUUGGGGCGAGGUCGAGAAAAAGUGGCAGUGGGCCGUGAAGGAUCUGUGGCGUCGUUUCCGGUCUUCUCUUCGCGAGGUCCUGAAACGGAAAUCGGUCUUGCUGAUUGUCGAUGCUUUAGACCAAUGUGCCGACCUUGAUGAAUCUAGCCUGGCCUCGAAGCUUCGGGGUCUUCUCGAGAUUUCUUCCUCCUCCAGCUCGAAGCUUCAUCUCCUCUUGACGUCUCGGAGCAGUCUUCCCCAGGGCACCGGGCCAAGCUUUUCCAUAUGUGUCGAGAAGGAGAACCGGGAUGCUCUGCUCACUUAUAUCCGGAAGAUAUAUCCCGAGGACCCCGCUCUCUGCCGAAAGAUGCUCGAUGCCGCGCAAGGCAUGUUUUUGUGGGUGCAUCUUACGAGCGUGCAAGCCGAAGCGGACAAAAUAGGGCCGGAGACGAUAGCGAAGAAUCUCGAGACGUGUCCUCGAGGUAUGGACAAUUUGUAUGAAAGGAUUAUUCAUGACCGACGAGAAAAGGCCGAGUUUCUGAAACUGGUCCAAUGGAUCUGUUUCGCCAACCGGCAACCGUCUCUUGCUGAAUUACGAUGGGGGAUGCUGAUGGAGGGUGACCCUUCCCGGCAGUCGCUUGACAAGUGGGAGGCGGCCUCGAGUUGGUCUGACGAGGACUUUGAAAGGUGGAUCAAGGCGCUCGGAGGUAAAAUCAUCGAGGUCUUCCAGCUGGGCGACAGGACGAUGGUGCGAUUCAUUCACCAGUCAGCUAAAGACUUCUUCCUUCGGGGAGGGCUUGCGGCGCUCCGAGAAAGUGUGGAAGGAAAACAGAGGUCGUCCAAAGAAGAAGCGUACCAACUAGCGCACUACGACCUGUUACGCAGAUGCAUCCACUACCUGAUGGCAACGGAAAUAUUUGAUCUGGAUAUCAGCGUGGACCUCAGCAAGCCGCCGGAGCUCAACAAGCCAGCCGCGGAGCGGCAUAACUUGAUAUCGAGGUUUCCAUUAUUGGAAUAUGCCACGCUUUCAUUGAUGGAGCACGCAAAAGCAAGCGAAGCGAAAGAUCAUAGGAAACAAGACCUCCUUCGGUGGUUCAACCAGCGUUUUAUCACUCGGUGGACCAAGCUUUUCCGCAUCCUAGCUCCAUGGCCCGCCGACUUCGCAUCACAGCUAAAUCAAACAACCCUAGUACACGUGCUAUCAUGGUACAAUUUGGGAGCGACGCUUGGGGCUGUUCUGAAAGCCGGGUCGAAAGAACGCCAGGAGAUCAACAGGAAGGAUGGUGGCGGCCAGACGGCCCUGUCGGUGGCAGCUGAGAGAGGGAACGUGGAGGUGGUUGAGGUUUUGCUGGAAAUCGAAGGCCUAAACGCCAACAAAGAGGAUAAUAGGGGUUGGACAGCGCUCUCGUAUGCGGCUGCGGCGGGCCGCGAGGGUGUCGUCAACCUGGUGUCCCGCCAUAGUAGCGCCGGUGCCCAACACGCAUUCUUUUUGGCAGCAGAUCGGGGCCAUGAUUGUAUCAUUGGAAAACUCUUAGAACUGGGGUCCGAGGUCGACGCCAACGCCAAGGACGAUGGCGGGCGUGCCCCUCUCAUCCUAGCAGCGAGAAAAGGCCACGGCAAUGUCAUUCGGGAGCUCCUGACGUUUGAUGUUGAUAUUGGCAUCUCGGACGAGAACGGACGCACAGCCCUUAUGGAAGCGGCGCGGGCUGACUACCUACUGAUAGUCAAACAGCUUACCAACGGCCGCCGGGCUCUAGCUGAUGACCGAGACAAGGAGGGACACUCGGCACUUAUGAUAGCAGCGAAAUGGGGCCGGCUUGACAUCUUCCAGUUCCUGCUCAUGGAGAACCAAGAACAACUUAGUUGGAGGGACAAUUCCGAGCGCACGGUGCUAUCACUGGCAGCCCAGAGAGGUCAUAUCGAGGUCGUUCGAUGUUUAUUACUGAAAGGCGGGAUCAAGGUUAAUAGCCGGGACCGUCAUGGCCGAACGCCCCUCUCCCUUGCCACGACCAUUGGUAGGAUUGACAUGAUGGAGCUUCUGCUCGGCGAAGGGGAAGCGAAAGUCGACCUAGCCGACAACGAUGGCCGAACACCGCUCUUGUGGGCGAAGAAGACUGCGCUUCAAUACGCAGCAUCAAAAGGCCACACGGAGAUUGUGCGAAAGCUUCUCGAACACGGCGCCAAUGUUGCCGCGAGGGACAAGGAACAAAAGACGGCCCUUCAUCACGCGGCUCGCGGAGGCCACGUUGCGGUGGUCCAGGUCCUCGUCGAGAAUGGAGCUGAUGUGAAUGGUCAAGACCGGAACAAGGAUACAGCGCUCAUGUGGGCAACGGUUCACCGUCAAGUCAAAGUCGUCCAAGGGCUCCUCGCAAUGGAGGAGACCGAUCUCAACCUCAAGAACCGCCAAGGCUGCACGGCGCUUUCUAUCGCGGCCAAGUUGGGCGUCACCAAUGUGGCCAAGGCCCUUUUGGACACGGGCAAGGUGGAGGUCGAUACGAGAAAUUAUCAGGAGCGGACUCCACUCUCGUUCGCAGCGGAAAAUGGCCAUAUCCUGACGGUUGCGAUGCUCCUCAGCCAUGACCAAGCUGCAGGCAUGGUGGGGAGCGAUACGCGGGGCAUAACGCCACUUAUUUGGGCGGUAAUGGCCAAUCAAUUCAAUGUGGCGAGGAUGCUUCUCAAGAACGGGGCCCAAGAUGAUGCGAAGGAUAGCGAUGGCCUGGCGGCGAGUCGUGCCGACGUGGUCCGCCAGCUCCUCGAGAAGAGGGAGAUUGCCAGAUCGACAGAUGGCGGGGAUAGGGAUGGAAACCUUGCUGGCCUAGACGUGGCCACUCCCGUAGGUGGCUUCCGUUUCCCAAACCAGCCCAGAACUCCCGGCGGCAGGAUGGCAGGACAUCCCAGCUCGGAAUUGGCCAAUAAUAAAGAGAACCGGCUAGGUCAGGCAACCGCUCUGCGAAACGCGGCGAAGAAUGGCAAACUUACACAAGUCCGUGGGCUUUUCAACAGAAGCAUCAUUGACAGAAGCAUCAUUGACACGCCGGACGAUGAGGGCUACACCGCAUUAUCAUGGGCGGCCACGAAUGGACACGCGGAUGUAGUCGCGUACCUAGUUAAAAAUGGGGCCGACGUCAACUCCAACGCACAGAAAAUGCCUGGGAACACUGCUCUUCUCCUGGCGGUAGCGCACUCGAAGCGCGGGACAGGCGCCUUAUCCGAGGGCCAUUUCAAGAUUGUGAAACAGCUCCUAGAGGCCGGCGCCAAAGUCAAUGCGAGAGUGGAAGGAGGACCCACGGCGCUUUUGCAAGCAGCUCGAGACGGCCAGUACGAGAUUGUGGAGAAUCUCUUCACGGCCGCCGACAUUGACAUUGGCAUCAAAGACCACGAGGGCCAUACGGCGCUUUCAACGGCGUGCGGCAGGGGCUUCUACGAGAUCGCCGAGAUACUCCUCCGACGAGGCCGCGCCCGGGCAAGAGGGGAUAGCAUAGCGAUCGUACGUGCGGCGCAACAAGGCAGCCUAGACAUCGUCAAGCUGCUUCUGGAAAACAUGGAGGAAGUCGACGUCAACGUGAGAGACGAACGGGGCCGCACGGCGAUCUCAUACGCCGCCCAGUCCGGCAGCGUCGACAUAGUUCAGCCCCUACUGCAGCGCAAUGCCGACAUGAAUAUCCAGGACAACGAGGGCCACACAGCUGUCGGGUGGGCAUCAAAGGAGCGUCAUCAUCUUGUGAUGGAUGUUUUUCGUAAACACUGGAAGGCGGCUCAAAGUGAUGAGCCAAAGUCCCAACACGAUGCGGUCUCACCACAUUGGGAGGUUCAGCAAGGUCGCUAA